AAAUCAAGGAAAACCAUACUCAGUUCUGAGCUGCAGCCCGUGCGAGAUGGAUCGAAAGCGACUUCUGCAGUGGUAUCACAAUUACGCUCUACUCCUGGGCGUUACCUCGUACAGGUUGGUGGCCGGCAGAUUCCGCCAGACCUGGCUAACACGUCGCUAUGCCCUGUUUAUGAAUACUUUUGAGAUUUUAACAUUGCCACUGGUAUUCUGGAUGGCAGCACGAUACCUUGAGUUGGUCAGCUGGUGGCCGAAUUUUAUUACAUCCACCAGCUAUAUACUGAACGCGGUUAUCUAUGUUACCAUAGUCUAUACUGUAUUAUCGCGUGGCAGACGGGACAGCGUUUUGGUGGAUGUGGAGCGUAUUGUCGCUAAGGUGGAACGACAUGGCUUUGAUCAACGCAAAUAUAUUGGACGCUCUCUGAGUUACAUUUUUUACCUGAAAUAUGGAGCAGUGCUGUACCAAUGUUUGUCCGGCUGGGUGAUGACUUUAAUGCUGCCCCAUGAGACAAGGUGGAAGGCUUUAAUAGGCAGCUUUCUUUAUGGCAAUGCCAUGAAUAUUCCAGUUAUUGCCACCCAACGAUAUUUUCAGGCUCUGUGGAGCUUAACAUGUUGCUAUCAGUAUAUAAAUAUUCAACUGAUGGAAAUAAUUCGAUCAGCGCAUGCGAGAAAGCCAACUAGCGUUCACCUGGCCGAGUUACAUAGGCUGUGGGCUCUGCACGCUUUGCUGGGACGCUGCACUCUGUGUCUGAACAGGAUCUACGGAUUGAUGAUGAUAGCAGCGCGCUUCUACAAUUUCAUCUCUAGCGCAUUCAAUUGGUAUUGGGGUAUGCUCUUCUACUUUGGCAUUGAUGCCCCAUUGUAUCUGCUCGUUUAUGGCACAUUCAACUUUUGGAUACGUCUGAUUGACUUUUUCCUAUUGGAUGACAUGUGCGAUCUGGCUAUUAAGUACCAGAGCUCUCCUCAUGAUGCCGUGAGUGAAGGCUAUUGGUUUCAGGAGCUGAAUGUCUAUUUACUCUAUGCAAGUACUUCGAGGAUAAGUUUUUCGGCUUGUGGCCUCUAUAAUGCGAACAGGAAAUUCUGGUUCCAAAUGCUGGGCGCCAUUGUGGGCUAUUCAAUACUCUUGCUGCAAUUUCAUCUGGUAAUGAGGGACAGUUAUAAGCUUUAGAGCAGUUGUCUAUUAAAAUAAAUGUUGAGUGCGCUCUUACUCACAUAUUAAGGAUUAUAACGCUAUUUAAGCAUUUAUUUUUUGUUAAACAAAAAAUAACUCUC